AUGGCCGUUUAUAAGACCGAGUUGCCCGGGUGGUCGCCGUUCGGCUACGGGGCCCGUGAGUUUGCGGAAGAGAACCGGAAGUUCUUGCUGGACAGGUCUGUAUUUGACUUGGUGGACAAUCACAAGUUUCUUUCCUUAACUGACCCCAAGCUGCUGGGUUGGUACCUGUGUCUGUCUCCAGAGGACAGAGCCAUCAUACAAGAUGAGGGCGGCUUCCAGUACUUCCUGCUGAGACAUCCCGCCCUCACGCUGUCUCCGCACCAUGUUUACGUGAAUUGCCACGCUUCAAGCGGCGUGCACGCUCGGCCCACCGCGACGUUCAACGGGCGGAGGAGCGUCGCUCAAUCUACAAGGUCGGGAGCAGCGGAGUGCAGAUCUGGUAAUUUGCCAAUCUCAAACACGGCCGACGCGCACAGCGCUCAUCUGGACCCUGAGAGACGUCCCGGUAACGCGGGGGAGACGUUGAACCCGCUCGGCUGCAGCAGCAUCUGGGACGGGCCACGACAUCAUCAUCAUCAUCAUCAUCCCUCCAUCACGCGGGCCCCGACCCAGCAGAAGGCUUCGUCCCACCUGAACGAAGAAAGGCCGGCGUGGCCGACGUCCAGUAGCGCCGGCGCCGUGUGGGAGGACUCGGCGGCGCUGACGAGCUUCUCUCUGGACGCGGCUCUGGAGCCACCCAGGUGGGGGGGGCGGCCCGAGAUGGCCACGAAACAAUGGCCGACGAGCGCCGACGGCACGUCCGCUGAAGCCAGUCUGUUGCAGUCGGACGGCCCCGCCAUCGAGAGCGACUCGUCUCCGGAGUACUACAGCUUUGACGGCGCCACGGUGGACGAGACGGAGUACAGCUCCGUUCUCGAACCGGUGGAGCAGAACCAACCGGAGAGCUUUGGAGAGCAGAGUGACGGCCUCCCCGGCGGCAUGGAGCGCGAUGACGGCGUCCUGUUCCUCCUGACCGGCCACGAUGUGAAAGCGCUCAAAAAUGGGGUCCGCCCGGAUGGAAGCCAGAGCUCCGCUACGCCCCCUACGCCCCGCGCCGCCACCUGCGACGUCAUGGUCGGCGGCGACGCGCCUCCGUGCACGUCGGCCGUCACCCAAACCAAGGGUCCGGAAACGGCCGACAAGGACGUCCUCACCGACGUCCACAUGGCGAACCUAGACGCUCUCAUGAAGGAAUUUACUAAACUCAACAUGGUUCAAGAGAAACUACGAUGGCAAACAGAGGAACUCAAAAGUUCUACACUGAGAAAGGAAUGUGACUGUCUCCAUCGCGCUCAGCGGGCGGAGCUGGGCCUCCUCGCCCUGCAGUACAGCAUGUGCAGACAGCACUGCUGGAAGCUCCACUGCACCUCGUCCGAGGGAGGCCGGCUCUCCCCUACGCCGGAGUCUUCAAGCAUCGAAAGUGUUCUGCAGAAACUGGAACGUGACUAUAACGCGAUGAGGGAGGAGAUCCGAUCGGGGGUUCCUCUGGAGCAGCUGGAGCCGCUGUCUGUCGAUCCCGAGAAGAUGACCCCACGUCCGUGUUACAUCCCCGCAAAGAUCAUCACGGAUGUGCUGGGAAACGUUCCCUCUGGGAGCUUCCAGCAGCAUAAAGCAUCAGGGCAAGAGACUGACCAUCAGAGCUCAAGCGGCUCCCAGGUCAGCUUCACACACCGAGACGCCAGAGAGCAGCAACAGAGACGUGUUCCUCACGCGGUGGACGGCUUCUGUCGGGCACGCCCUUUUCACCAGGAAAACCUAGAGGGGAGAAAGAUGGAGACCGGCAGAGCGAGGAGAGCCGCCCCCCAGGACGGAGAGGCUACCCACAAUGCCCCUCUCGCCCCCCAGGACGGAGAGGCUACCCACAAUGCCCCUCUCGCCCCCCAGGACGGAGAGGCUACCCACAAUGCACACGAGCCAGAAGAAAAGAGGACGGCGGCCUCUCCGGAGCUCGGUGCGUGCGAGGCGUGGUACGACGCCGAAGAAGACCUGCACCGCUCAGGAGCCGCCCGGGAGCCCACAGCCGGCGCCGAAGACGAGCCGCGUGAAGCGACCAGCGAGGAGGUCCAGAGCGCCGCCGUGCUGUGCGCGUCCGAUCUGCCCGGCGGCGUGACGGAGGCGAGUUGAACAUCUUCAUCUGUUAACUGCGUUGCAUUACCCCGUUCUCGCCACCAGAGGGCGGUGCAGACUUUACAUCUGAACGGUUGUCUUUCCCAGAGUGACGUGACGCUGUGGUUCGAGGAGCACGAGGAGCACGGUUCCUCUGACGUCAGCGUCUCCGCUCGAAAGAACGGGUUGAGAGUCGCCAUGGUGACGGGAAGCGGACCCCGGUCUGCCGAGGCCGCCGUGAGGGCGCUGCAGGGCCGACCCGCACAGGCGGAGCACGUCGACAGACGGGCCGCCGAGUCCUCGAAGGAGCCCGGCCGACCACAGAGCUCCGGGACUGAAGGAAAGCGGACGGCUCGCCCGCCGCUGAGCUCGCGCGUGAAGAACUGGAAGGUGGUCAGCGCCUCGCCGACGGCCGAGGGGACCUUCGUGCCGCCGCACUACGGCACCAUGGGCAGCUUCGACAGCCUGAUGGCGGCGCUGACGCAGCGCCACCCCGCCGCCGGCCGCCAGAGCAUCGUGGACGCGCUGCUGAAGCUGAAGGCCGAGCGCGGCGGCGUCCUCAGCGGGCUGCCGCUCGCGACCAUCCGGGACAUGGUGUCCGAGCUUCUGACCAGGCCAGCGAACGCCACACGGUUAUGAGAGAGAGAGAGAUUCUAA